UUAUCUCCCUAAUUCCCAAUUAUUAUGCACAUGCUUAUUUAAGAAAAAGGAUUAGAUUUUCUCUCCUUUUUUGGUGGCUGCACCACCAUGCAGGGGGAUGAAUUUGACUGUGGCACUCUCCUCCGCAUCAGUGAGGGGGUCCUACACUUGGAUGAACUGGGGGAGGAGAGAGCACAGUGAGGCUGUCAUGUAAGCCGUCUCCUCUGGGGCCACCUCUCUGUGCGUGCUGCUUCCUGCCUCAGGUAGGAGACUCAUACUUCUGCUGCCGAGGCGUCAGGCUGCUCGCUCUCCUCUCCCUCCCGCUGAGAAGGCAACAGCUCCACUCUCAAAGCACUGAAAUGGAGAAGAGCUGCUCAGAGUGCUCAGUGCCGACCCUUGCACAGAGCCUGUGUACACUCUGCAACAAGUGGUUGUGUUACCAGUGCACAGAUGUGCAUCAGCAUCAGAGAGCCCCUACCACACCCCAGUACACAGACCUGCACCAGCAACAGAGGCCCAGUGCCACCCAGUGUCCUGACCUGCUUCAGAGAGUCUCCAACUCCCUGCCUCCAAUUGGACGAGGCCCAGGGUCGUAUCCUUCCCUCCUGAUGUGCCACUCUCACAGACAGGAGCCCUUGGAGCUGUUUUGUGAGUCAUGUGACCUUCUGUGCUGUAGCAGCUGUCACCUGUCCUCCCACAAAAACCACAGGGUGGUGCAGAUUGGGAAGGCCCUACAGGAUCAGCAGUGGCUGUUUGAGAGCCUGAUGGUUCAGGUGGAUGAGAGGAGGUCUGCAGUGGAGAACAAUGCUAAGCAGAUAGAGGACAGACUUCAUGGAGUAAAGAUUGCACACAGGAAGGCAGAGAACCAGAUUAAAAUGGCAAAGAUGAUUAUGAUGAACGAGCUUAACAAACGAGCCAACCUAUUAAUAGAGCAACUAGAGAAAAUCUCAGAGGACUUCCAGCAGCAUCUGGAGGACCAGCUGCAGGGGGCAAUAGAGAUCUGUGGCCAGCUAGACCAUGUUCAGAAGUUCAUCACCUGGGCUACGACCCACCACUGCAGAGGCCCGGUGCUCUUCAGCAGGGCUCUGAUUUCUCUUCAGAUGCAGCAGCUGCUUGAGUCGUCACUCCACUCAGACUCUUGGAGUCCUGUCAGGAUCAAAUUCAAUUGGGAUGCAAGUUACUGGAUGAAGCAGAUUUCCUCUUUAGGCCAGCUGACUGUUGAAGGGGGAAACAGCAUUUACCCUCAGGGCUUGGCCUGCACCAGUAUUCUCAGGCCUCAGCCAAUCACCCGCUUGGCUCGGCCGUCCUUGUGUCACAGAGGACGAGAACCAGGCUGUGGGUACCAGAACUGCUGCGAGCCCCAAAUGUGUUGCGUCCAUGGCAUUCCCUCUCAGCCAGAUCUGUCCAGUCUUAAUAAAGGCCAGCUGGAAACCGGCCUUUUUAACUCCAGCUGUGUCCAGCCCGCUCUUUUCUCUGCCUCCUUGCACCGGAGCCAGCAGCUCCAGAGGUGGGACUCAGACAACUCGUCGCAAUGUCUUCCCCCUUCCUCACCUGUCACGGGACCCAUCAAGCUCAACUGCAGUCAAGAAUAUACAUCCCAGCCACAAGCUGCUGCCUCUCAGCACCAGUCUCAAACUAAAUCGUAUCUCUCUCGCCAACACCACAGAGAAGUUCUUCCAGACAGCCAGGCUCAGCCAAGUGCAGACCGUAACAGGCCAGGCCAACGUCAGAGCAAGCUGUCGAGCAGCACGGCUCUGCUACAGCAAGUCAGCCACACGGCGGUGAACAGAGAUGUGAUGACUGAAGAGAACUGGGAGGAGAGGUGCAGAGUGGGGGAAGCUCGAGGACAAAUGGCAGCGGUUGAAAGCAGAGCGCUGCCGGAUGUGGAGCUGCAGCAGGACAGGAGGGAGCAGAGUCCUGUCCAAAAGCAGCAGCAGCAGCUCCAUGUUCCUCCUGCAGCAGAGCUGAGGGAAGAGCUGCAAAGAAACCGACCUGCACUGAUGCUCAGAGACCACAGAGAUGUCAGGAGAUCCACGUCCCUGGAGGUGUCGGUGACAGCCCGCGAGUGUGUAUCUGAGGUGCAGAGCAGCAGGCUCAGCCCUAGUUUAGUGUGCACAAGGAGGGAAAGACGCUCCCAGAGCAUCCCGGCAGAACUGACAGUCCCUUCCACCAGCCCUUAUACUGAAAGAUCCACAGGAAGCACUCAUAGCCUCCGGGCAGGAGCUGCAUCUAAGUAUGUCGGUAUGGAUCCCAAACAGAGGAGAGCCUCAGAUGGGGUGCUUUGUGUUGUCAAGGAAACUUCGUCUGACACGGCGCCCUCCAGAGGUCACCAGUCUGCUCUACUGUCCUAUAAGACAGAGCCAGAUCAUUAUUUUACUUGUGUAAAUGAAGAGGUUGAUUAUGAGGCCAAGGGGAAAUGCAGGGUGUCAAUUAACAGCCACAGCAGUAACAGAGAUGUUCAGAAGGACUCAGGAAGGCCACGGGUUCCAGUGGUUUGCUUAGAGCGUCUUAAAAUACUUGUGUCUCAACUACCCCCACACGGACGACGGCAGAGCGACCCUCUACCUGCCAGCGGGACGGAGAGGAGUGAAGCGCUGCCGCAGCAGAGGGCCAAGCACGACGCAGCGCCUGAAAGGAUAACUGGAGGCUCUGAGACCACGAGGACCACCCGCUCACACACAGCUCCACCACAUGCAGAGCGACAGAACCGUAAUCAGUCUACCGCACGCUCGACCACCAGAGAGUUUGACAGCCGAGGGAGAAUCGGCUCCUGUAAGGCAUCCACGCCUGCGUCCGCUGACCCUAAAUAUGUACCACAGAUUCACUCUGAUCUGGAUCUGGACUCUGACUCUGAUCCCAGAUCAGUCUCAGAGGAAGCAGUUGUUUCUCAGGCUGAUCCAGACCCCCAGCUAGACUUGGAUGCAUCACCAGAUUCUCACCCAAAUGCAGAGUCUUCAUCUGAGGCUGAACUUGAAUAUCUGGCUGAGGAGGAAUCACUGGCUGAAGGAGAGAUGCGGCUCUGCGGUGAAACUGAUAUCACAGGGGAUUCAGAGCCAAGUCUUGAAUAUGAGGCAGACCCAGAAUCAGAUGCAGGAUCAGAGGAUGGCCAAGGGCUGGAUGCUGAUACAGAGUCAGGCGAUGCUGAAACCGAGUCAGACGUCCAGCCUGGCAAUGAUCCCAGUUUUCCGGCAGAGACGGACUCUGACGUUGUAUCCGAUCAGCCUCCAGACUCUCAGGGCUCUGUGGAGUCUGAGCUCGACGUAGAAUCUGAACCUGAACUCACAACUGACGACCCACAACCACUUCGCUCUGACUUGGAAGAGGAGUCCCACAUUGAUGCUGCUCCGAGGCCACUUCUGGUUUCAAACCCCGUCGGUCAAAGAGCCACAGAGGAACUCCAGUCUGACCGGGACAGUGCAGAGAUGGAGAGUGAGGACUUCUGUGCCGUGUGUCUAAUUGGAGGGGACCUGCUGUGCUGUGACCGCUGUCCAAAAGUCUUUCAUUUGUCUUGCCACAUCCCGUCUCUGCUGAGCUUCCCCUCAGGCGACUGGGUGUGCAGCCUGUGCAGAGACGUCAUGCAGCCAGAGGUUGAGUACGACUGUGCGAACGAGAGAACAUCUGGAGAACACUCACCGGCACAUGGACUGCCUGCCUGUGACCAGAGAAAAUGUGAGCGGCUGACUCUUCUGAUCCUCAGCAACGUCCUGAGUGCUCCCUUCCAUGAGCCCGUCAGUCCACUUGCUCGUCAUUACUACCAGAUUGUUAAGAGGCCCAUGGACCUGUCUGUGAUCAGGGCCAGACUCAACAAGAGGAAUACUCGACAUUAUAACUCGACCGAACAGUUUGUCACUGAUGUCUAUCUCAUGUUUCACAACUGUGCAAAGUUCAAUUAUCCUGACUCCGAGGUUGCUCAAGCAGGCCGCAACCUUGAGGUGUUUUUCACCUCCAAUCUGAAAGAGGUUUUCCCAGACAGAGCUUUCCUUGCAGCGGAGGCGGACUCUGACAGCGAUGAGUACGACGAGGCCUACAGGACUGCAGAGAGUGGUUUCCCCUGGCCAGAGAGGAGAGAGCAGAGCCACAGGAAGAGGAAGAGGAGACACUCCCUCAAGUCGAGGAGACAACACUUCUAACGUGGACAACAAAAUGCUGUUUUUGUGAGUAAUUGUGCUGUUUUUAUUUCGCAGCCUGAGGGGCUGUGACAGUGUUUCCAUUCUGUAAUCUAUUUAGUGGCUUGCAAUAAUAUCACUGUGCUGCCAUCCGAUGGCAGCUGAACAUACUGAAAUAUUCUUCAAAUAUUUGAUGCACUGACGAAUGCUGGAGUAAUUAUUAUCACUGCAAACUUCCACAAAUCAAAGAAGUAGAAAGUGCAGAACCCGAUUAGUUUUCGUUACAUAUUAUAUUCUACACAUUUGGAAACGCAUCUCAUUGGAGGUAAACAAAUCAAACAGUUUCGUAAGGUGGCUUCUGCAGCUUUAAAACAUCAUAUAGCAGUGAGACAAGGCUGUAAUUGUUAUAUGUGUAUCAUGUUAUAUUAUGCCAAUUAUGCACUGGAAAAUACAUUAAUUAUUUAUGUUCAGACCUCCUAAAAUCACAUAGCCAAUGUUGUAUACUGUAUUGUGCAAAGAGGAUUCUGUUGCUGGCUGUUUAAUAAUCUCACUUUGCAUCUUAAUUAAGUGGAUUUCUGUACUUUUUUUAAGGUGAAUAUAGCUCUGAUUAUACACAGCACUUUGAAACUUUGAUAUGGCUGAAUACUGAAUUUAUCAUAUUCGUAAGCACUCAACAUAGUUAUAUAUGUGUAACUGUAUAGAACUUUAUUUUACUAUAUUUUGCAUUUUAAUUACUAAAUGAUUGCAGGCAAUUAUCCUAGGUUUGAUUUAUUGAUAUUAUUAUGUGUCUCAGUAGCUUUUUAUGAAAAGCAGCAGUGAAUCCUUUUAACUUUGUCUUUUUAAACCCGAGUGAUACAUAAUGUGAGGGAUUGAUGGCGCUAUAGCCAGUGUUAGGGACACAUGUAUUGUCAUGUUUGGUAAAAGAUUUAAUAUCCAAAUUAAACAAUCCAAGAAAGUUUUUAUUUUACAUUUAACCAUAAAUUAAGUUUGUGUAUACAUUAUGUACACUUUCUGUUCCUCCCGUGUUUCAGCAACACCUUGUACUCCUCUAUUUAAAUAUCUCAGGCUUAAUAAGAGUGUUAAGUAUUGACAUCAUUCAGUAUUGAUGAUUAUUUGUAAAGCCACACUGAGAAAAUUACAUUUCCUAAUAGCCGCUGUUGUUUAGCAUUUCCUGUUUUUAAAUAUUUGUUACUUGCUUCCUGCAGCUUAAGAUAGAUUGUACUUGACAAUAAGAGUAAUUACUGCACAAAUGAAUGUCUGUGCACUCAUUGCUCAUUGUCAAGAAUAGUGAAUAUACAGUAUAUGGGAUGUUACUUCAUUUAAAAUCAAUACAUGUCUGGUUCAUUUCUUUCUUUAUACUGUAACGGUCAACAAUAAAUGCACAUAUAUUAGUAUCAAUAAAAUGCAUA